AUGGCUCGUGUUGUCACUGACUCACGGCACUACCAAGCGUCUAGCCAAACCGAGCCUUUCUACAUUUACCACGAGAGUUGGAAUAUAAAGGAAAAGGAAGCCUUUAAAGGUAACAGAGCUUACACCUUUGUAGACCAUGCAGAGAAUGUGAAGCUUAUGCACAUUAUGCAGUUGCAAGAGAAAUUCAUUGGCAUAUUUCACUUGAUGAAUAUGAAGUUCUCGGUUGUCUCCUGUUUGGAGCAAUUUCUUUUACCUAUAUUUCCUCUUUUAUGGAGUGAAUUGGAAGCACAAGCAUUGUUGGUAUUGGAAGGAUCUUCCUCCCAACUAAUGCCCAUCUCUGCUUUUGGUACAGUGAUUGUGAUCCUUUGGAUUACACUAGAUGCAACUUUGCUGGAAGCUAGGGUUUACAGCAAGGUCAUCUCCGACAUGAAAUCUAAGCGCAAUAAGCGAACUAAGACCUUGUUGAAUGGAAGGGAAAACUCAGAGACGAUCCCUACUGAUCUCAUAAUCGAUAUACUGUCUAAACUGCCGAUGAAGUCCUUAGCUAGAUGUCGUUGCGUAUCGAAGCUCUGGGCCUCCAUAGUUGAUCUUCCCUGUACAACAGAGUUAUUCACCACCCGAGCUUCAGCUCACCCGCAGCUAUUGUUCGUCUACAGACAAAAAUACAAGCUUGUAUUCCUUUCGUUACCUCAGCCUCAGAAUCUUGAUAAGAACUCGCCUCCUGUAGCUGUCAAGCAUCUAUCGUGUAUCCCCUUUCGUGGUUCUUCUUGUUACGUUAGUGGUCAUGUCCAAGGCUUGGUAUCUCUUAGAGUUAUACAUAAGCGGAUGUCACUACAGAUAAUAUGUAACCCUAGCACAGGACAAGCUUUAACCUUACCGAAAAUAAAGAGUAGAAGCUUUAUAUUUAGGGUGAGAAGCAUUCUGGGGUAUGAUCCCAUUGAUAAUCAAUUCAAGGUAUUGUCCUUAUCAGGGUACUCAAAAAUAACUCCUCUUGAUCAGCAGCAUCAAGUUCUGACAUUGGGAACUCAAGAACUUAAAUGGAGAACGAUCAAGUGUUCCACACCCCAGCAUUCUUUCAAACACGGGAUAUGCAUCAACGGUGUUUUGUAUUGUCCAGUUCGUGCACCAGGAAGAAAUCAUAUGAUAGGUUGUUUUCACGUUAGGUCUGAGAAGUUCACUUUUAUUAAAGUGAAAACAACUUUUAUCAAAGCAGUCUUUCAUGGCACUCUGAUAAACUACAAUGGCAAAUUAGGUUCACUUGUAUCUGGUGGGUCUCGCUUCGCUGAUGGAGCAAGUAGAAGUUUUCAGUUGCUUGUUAUAGGAGAUUUUGAAAAGCAGGAGUGGUCCACGCAUAAUUACGUGUUACCUCGUCUUUGGAAGAACUUAGUUGGAAGAGCCGUGCUACGGUUAGUUGGAUUUGUUGGUACCAAUGAAAUUGUCUUCUCGCACCCUUCCCAGGUUAUCUACUACAAUAUCGAGAAACGUACUAUCCUAAAAGUUGCUAUCCAAGGGACAGAAGCGCCUCAGUAUAAUUUUGUCAUCACCUUUCUAAACCAUAUGGAGGAUCUCAAAUUUACGCAUGCGUUUAAGUAA